UCUUGCUCGAAAGAUUGAAAAUAUUAGAUUUGAGACUUAAACAUUUCCGCAGAUUAACUUGAAAGUCCAGUCGCAAACAUGCUUAUGCUAAUGGAUUUUACCUUGAACUAGACGAUUUAAUUACAUGGUCAUUAAAACAUGAUUUUCCAAAAUCCCUCUUAAGAAUUUCAGUUAAUGAAAGUUGCAGUCGUACAAGACCAGUUUUCCGGGUUUCUGCGUCUCCAUCCUCCUAAACGUUGAUGCCUCAGAAAACAGCCAAAAUCCAACAAUUUAAUCACUGCCUUCUGAAUAAUAAAUGAGCAAAUAACAACAAAUUUGUUAAAACAUCGUCGCCAGUCUGGUGGGGAAAUCCUACCGCGAAAGGUCAUCAAGUUUAAACUGUAUCGGCUAAAGCCAGUGGUCGAUGUGAGCAACCAGUGGCCAGCACAUCCGAAGAUGUACUUUACAUGAAUCGGCGAUUCUAUUUGUUAACAACAAUCGGCGUUCUGAAACUGUUUGAGAAGUUGGUGAGUUUGAGAAGAGUUUCAACCUUGGAAACGUUUCCUGAAGAUUCACUAUUUGAUGCCAAUAUGAUUGGGCUGUUUAAUUUAUUGUCAGUGCUUGUUCUGGUAAAACUCUCCUUGGAGGCUGGAGGACGCAAUGUGAGUUCGCAGAUUUUUUUCCCUAGCGGCGACAGUUUCAGCGCCUCCCCGGAUUUCGAUCAAUUGCCAGCAGUUCAGGCCUUAGACCCAAAUGACUUGGUGGCCAUCAGGGGCUCCAGUGUAUAUGAGACGUUUGUGGAUGAUAUUAUAGCGAGAAGCACCGCCAGACUGACUGUGAAGAUUAACAAUUUGCUCAUUGCUCAGAACGGGCAUGACGACAAUGUCUUGUUCUCGCCCCUGAGUAUCACAAGUGUAUUGGCGUUGGUACUUUUGGGCUCGAAUGGGGCAACGUUCAAGGAAAUUUCGAACUUUUGGGGUCUUCAGAUCGGCAUUCCGGACAUCGAUCAGAAAUCCCAAAUUGUGCACGAGCAAUUCGGUCGCAUUAUCAAAAAACUAAACCGAACCGCUGGAUUUGAGCCUGGAGACGAGGUGGCUGUAGCUUCAGCUGUUUUCAUUCAGGAUGGUUAUCCAAUCAGGGAAAUUUACCGCAGCACAGCCCAAGAAGUGUAUCAAAGCAGCAUCGUGAAUGUGGACUUCCAAGCCAAUCCGUACAAGGCCCAGGCGCUGAUCAACAACUGGGUGGCUGAAAGGACGCGAAAUAAAAUCAAAAGCAUCCUCAACGAAGCUCCUAGUGGAGACACUCGCAUCAUCCUGGCCAGCGCCCUUUAUUUCAAAGCCGAAUGGGAGCAACACUUCUUCGUCGGCUUGACCAAGCGGCGCCCGUUCUUCGUUGAUGGGCGAUCUGUGAGCACCAACUUGGAAGUGGACCUGAUGGCCAAUGGGGGCGAGUUUCCCUAUCACAGAGACACGGAGUUGGGCUGCGAGAUUCUAGGGCUGCCCUACAAAGGCCGGAAAAGCACCAUGUAUGUGGUGAUGCCGUUUGAAUCCAGCAGGGCGAAGCUGAAGGAGUUUGAGUCGAAAAUUACUGAAGCUGAUCUCAGCCGCCUGGUGAAGCAGACGAAGGUGACUGGAGUGGUGCUGCUGAUGCCUCGCAUGAAAAUCGACGCCACUCUGGACCUGAAAGAUACUCUUAGAGCUCUGGGGGUGAGGUCGCUGUUCGACCCAUCAGCAUCCAACCUGGCGCUUUUAUCUCCCGGCCAACCGCAGCUGUACUCCAACAGCUCCAAUCACAGGGCUUCAGUCAGCGACCGUUUCGAUAGCUUCCAGAGCAUCGACAACAUCCGGCAGCUGAUUAACUCAGAGUCCAGCGACAACAGCUACCAAAACCCCGGCCUGUAUGCCAGCCAAGUGAUCCACAAAGUUUUUAUGGAUAUCACGGAAAAGGGCACUGAAGCAGCCGCUGCCACUGCAGUGAGCCUGUCAAGGGAUGGCAGUAGGGUCACUUUCAGGGUGGAUGUGCCCUUCAACUUCUUCAUUAGGCAUGAUGAAACUGAUAUGAUUUUGUUUUGGGGGUCCAUAGUGGUGCCGAAUCCCAGCUAUAAGACCGCACAGACCACCAGGGGGGGACUUUAAGCAAUAUAUUUUUUUGUGAGGGA